CGUCGUGGUCGGCGACGUGAUUAGCGACGCGAUCGGUGACCUUACUAGCGACGCGAGUGGCAACGUGACUAGCGGCACGACUGGCGACGUGACCAGCGACACGAACGGCGACGCGAUCGGCGACUGGAUUUCCGACUACCAGCGACGUGACUACCUUCACAAUCAGUCACGUGACUAGAGACGAGUCCGACCUGACUACAGACGUGAUCGCCGUGACCGCCACCGCGUGCGUGCGUGCUCCGGUACAGCACGCGCGUGCCACAGUGAAAGCGCCCCGCGGUCGCGUGCGUAGGGCGGCACGUGGUGGCCCGAUCGAGCGCUCGCUUCCACCGUGACCGCUCAAGUGUCGGCCAGCGUAGGCCGCUCCGGCCGCCCGCGUACUCGUGUGUGGGUGUGUGGCUUAUGUGUGCGCGUGUGUGUCACGUGUUGACCCGCUCUCGAACCAGACCGAUUGUGGGCUGCGGAUAAUGAUGUAGACAUGUGUUGCGGCGACUGGAAAACGUUCGACCCGAGUUCGUCCGUCGAGGUGUGAUUGGUCUUUCGGGUCUAAAGGCUAUGCUCUCUUUGUUUUGGAAACGGACCGCUCGGUGGGAUGUGCGGGGCUGUGGAAUUUUCCUACGUGUUGUGAUGAUCGCCGCAUCGACCCUUGAACAGCGCUUCUGAUAUUUCAACACGGGUAUCUUUAGGUGCUAUUCGGAGCCGCGGCGUGGGAGGUGAGCGCAGCCGCGCGGACGGCGCUGGCAAGGGCGACGGGGGCGCCGUGAGCGGCGGCGCGUGGAUCCGGCCAUGAAGCGCGCGGGGCGGCCGUGCUGGCUGCGCGGCCCCUGCACCCUCUGCUACCUCCUGCUGCUCUCCGCCCUCACGGUCGCCGCCUACAUCGGAGAAAAUUUACAACAUAUAUAUGACCAUUACAUCCUGAAGAAUAUAUUGAUAUUUCCAUUUUUGGACCAUUGUUGUGAAUUAUCAUUUUGUGUGAUACUUCCGAAAUGCCCUAUUCUCAUGGUGAAAGUUUCUGAAUCACUGAUGUCCAGCUGCUUCAUCUUCAUCGCAUUUCACUGGAUACUUGAUGCUGCUUGCCUGAGGAUAUUGGUAGCUUAUUCCCUCCUCCCUCCAUUAAGAUGGAGAACUACAGGACUUGAACUUCACUGGUAG